CUUGGAUCCCCCCAUUUCUAAAUUUCUCAAAUCGCCACUGUUAAUGAUUUAAGUGUUACUGCAGUACCGCUUUUUACAUGCACGAUCAUCCUGAAUGUGUGUUAUAACCGAAUUACGGUUAUUGUUACUAAUUAUUAAGUCACAUAGAUAAUAUCCCCCCAAAACCCUACGAAGUGCCGCUGAGUCCGUGUCCAUUUUUUGCAUGAAACGGAUCUGAUCAUUUCCUGCCUGUAAACGAAAGUGAAAUUAAGUGUCGGGAUUUUAAAGGCAGAGUCGCCAUUUUAUCAAGAAACAUUUUAUCAAGAUUCUGGAAUAAUGUAAAGAUAUUCUAUGUUUCAAGAGGCCCCAGCAGGAAUCAUCUGGUCUGGAUCAGCAGAAAAAUGGAUGGAUCUGCUUCUGAAAUGCGCCCCCCUGUGGGGUGUAACAGAAAGAGCGCUGAGAGUGUCCUGAUGGAGAGAUCAGACUCCCCUGUACCCAGCUGUGUUUCCACGAAGAGUGACUGGUCAGUGAAGCAACGAAUCAGAAUCUUUGAGGGAUCUCUUCCUACAAAUGAAAGUGUCCUGAUGAAGAGAGCAGACUCCCCUGUACCCAGCUGUGUUUCCACGAAGAGUGACUGGUCAGUAAAGCAACGAAUCAGAAUCUUUGAGGGAUCUCUUCCUACAAAUGAAAGUGUCCUGAUGAAGAGAGCAGACUCCCCUGUACGCAGCUGUGUUUCCCUGAAGAGUGACAGGUCAAUGCAUGAACCACUCCACUUCAGAGAGGGACCUUUUCCUACUGAUCAAAGUGUCCUGAUGGAGAGAGCAGACUCCCCUGUACCCAGCUGUGUUUCCAUGAAGAGUGACUGGUCAAUGGGAGAACCACUCCACUUCAGAGAGGGACCUUUUCCUACUGAUCAAAGUGUCCUGAUGGAGAGAGCAGACUCCCCUGUACCCAGCUGUGUUUCCAUGAAGAGUGACUGGUCAAUGGGAGAACCACUCCACUUCAGAGAGGGACCUUUUCCUACAGAUCAAAGUGUCCUGAUGGAGAGAGCAGACUCCCCUGUACCCAGCUGUGUUUCCAUGAAGAGUGACAGGUCAAUGGAUCGACCAGUCAAAUUCAGAGAGGGACCUUUUCCUGCAGAUCAAAGAGACCAAAUGGAAGGAUGCAGUUCAGAUGUACAGGAUGAACCGAGUUUAUCUUCCAUAUUGAAGUCACUAGAGGAAAAUGCAGUGAGGUUCCUGAAGGAUGAGCUGAAGAAGAUCACGAGGUACCUAGAUCAGAAUUACCCAGAAUGCUCUGAGCCUCAGCUGGAGGAGGACAAUGACCUGGAUAGUGAUGGUCAGAUGCAGAAGACCAAUGUUAGAGAGGGAGCUCUGAAGAUCACACUGUACAUCCUGAAGACCAUGGAGCAAAAUGAUCUUGCUGACAUGCUGGAGAAGAGGCAUCUUCUGUCACAGUGUCAGCACAGAAUCAAAUGUAACCUGAAGAAGAAAUGUGAGUGUGUAUUUGAAGGGAAAGCUAAGGAAGGACAUCCAAUACUUCUCAAUGAGAUUUACACAGAACUCUACAUAACUGAAGGUGGAACUGAAGGAGUCAAUGAUGAACAUGAAGUGAGACAGAUUGAAACAGCAUCCAAGAAAAGGCGAACAGAAGAUACUAUAGUCAAGUGCAAUGAUAUAUUUAAACCCUUAUGUGGGCGUGAGACACCUAUCAGAACUGUACUCACUAAAGGGGUGGCAGGUAUCGGGAAAACAGUCUCUGUGCAGAAAUUUAUUCUAGACUGGGCGGAAGGAAUAGCAAACCAGGAUGUUCACUUCAUAUUUGCUCUUCCUUUCCGGGACCUGAAUUUGAUUAAGGAUGAAUACAGUCUGAUUGAACUGCUUCACCACUUUGUCCCAGAACUGAAGUCAUUUGAGUCCACUGAGUUGUUUAAGUUCAAAUUCUUGUUCAUCUUUGAUGGUUUGGAUGAGUGUCGCUUGCCCCUAAAUUUUCAGAAGAAUGAGAGCUGGUUUGCUGAAACAAAGAAAAUGUCACUGGAUGUGCUGUUGACAAACCUCAUUAAGGGGAAUCUGCUCCCAUCCGCUCUCCUCUGGAUAACCUCCCGGCCAGCAGCAGCCAAUCAGAUACCUCCUGAGUGUGUCCACCAGGUGACAGAGAUACGAGGAUUCAGUGAUGCCCAGAAGGAGGAGUAUUUCAGGAGGAGAUUCAGUGAUCAGAGCCUGGCCAGCAGGAUUAUUACACAUGUGAAAUCAUCAAGGAGCCUCUUCAUCAUGUGCCACAUACCUGUGUUCUGCUGGAUUUCAGCCACUGUCCUUGAGAGGAUUUUUAGCGAGACUGACAGGGGAGAAAUUCCAAAGACUCUGACUGAAAUGUACACACACUUCAUGAUCUUCCAGACAAGUUUAAAAAAUGACAAGUAUAGAAGGAUGAAAAUCCAUGAAAAUGAGUUUAAUAAAUCUGGAAAGGAUUUCCUUUUAAAACUUGGUAAACUGGCUUUUGACAACCUUGAGGAAGGCAAUCUCAUUUUUUAUGAGCAAGAUCUUUCAGAGAAUGACAUUGAUAUCGCUGAAGCUUCAGUUUACUCUGGAGUUUGCACAGAAGUCUUUAAGGAGGAGUAUGGGUUGUACCAGGAGAAGGUGUACUGCUUUGUGCAUCUGACCAUCCAGGAGUAUCUCGCUGCUUUAUAUGUGUUUCUGUCAAACUCAUCAGCUGACCUGCUGAAGACUGCAGUGGAUCAGGCAUUAGAGAGCAAGAAUGGACACUUGGACCUCUACCUCCGCUUCCUCCUGGGCCUCUCAACAGACUCCAGUAAGACUCUGUUACGAAGGCUACUGGCACAGACAGGAACCAGCUCACAUAACAUUAGGAAUACAGUGAAAUACAUCAGGGAGAAAAUAAAGGAGAAUUUAUCUCCUGAAAGGACCAUCAACCUGUUCCACUGUCUAAAUGAAUUGGGUGACAAUUCUCUAGUAGAGGAAGUACAAAGAUACCUGAAUUCAGGAAACAUUUCAGCAGAUGACCUCUCACCUGCUCAGUACUCAGCUCUGGCCUUUGUGAUGCUGAUGUCAGAUGAGGAGCUGGAUGUGUUUGAUCUGAAGAAAUUCAUCAGAUCAGAUAAGGAGCACUGGAGGCUGCUGCCUGUGGUCAAGACAUCUAGGACAGCACUGCUGAAUGGCUGUAAACUCACAGUGAAAUGCUGUGAGGCGCUGGCUUCAGCUCUCAGAUCAAACUCCUCACCCCUGAGAGAGCUGGACCUGAGUGACAAUGAUCUGCAGGAUUCAGGAGUGAAGCUGCUCUCUGCUGGACUGGGGGACUUACACUGUAAACUGGAGUUACUGAGGUUGAACAACUGUAAUCUCACAGGGGAAUCCUGUGAGGCGCUGGCUUCAGCUCUCAUAUCAAACUCCUCACACCUGAGUGAGCUGGACCUGACUGACAAUAAUCUGCUGGAUUCAGGAGUGGAGCUGCUCUCUGCUGGACUGGGGGAUUCACACUGUAAACUGGAGAUGCUGAGGCUGAAGAGCUGUAAUCUCACAAAGAAAUGCUGUGAGGCACUGGCUUCAGCUCUCAGAUCAAACUCCUCACCCCUGAGAGAGCUGGACCUGAGUAACAAUGACCUGCAGGAUUCAGGAGUGAAGCUGCUCUCUGCUGCACUGGGGGACUUACACUGUAAACUGGAGAUACUGAGGGUGGACUGGUGUGAACUCACAGAGGAAUGCUGUGAGGCGCUGGCUUCAGCUCUCAGAUCAAACCUCUCACACUUGAGAGAGUUGAACUUGAGUGACAAUGACCUGCAGGAUUCAGGAGUGAAGCUGCUCUCUGCUGGACUGGGGGAUUCACACUGUAAACUGAAGAUACUGAGGCUGUCAGGCUGUAGAGUCACAGAAGAAGGCUGUUCUUCCCUGGCUUCAGCUCUGAGGUCAAACCCCUCACACCUGAGAGACCUGGACCUGAGCUACAAUCACCCAGGAGACUCAGGGGUCAAGCUGCUCUCUGCUGUACUGGAGGAUCCCAGCUGUAAACUGGAGAAGCUGAAGCUGUCAGGCUGUAGAGUCACAGAAGAUGGCUGUUCUUCCCUGGCUUCAGCUCUGAGGUCAAACCCCUCACACCUGAGAGAGCUGGACCUGAGCUACAAUCACCCAGGAGAUUCAGGAGUGAAGCUGCUCUCUGCUGUACUGGAGGAUCCCAGCUGUAAACUGGAGAAGCUGCAGGUGGGCCGGUGUGAACUCACAGAGAAAUGCUGUGAGGCACUGGAUUCAGCUCUCAGAUCAAACUCCUCACCCCUGAGAGAGCUGGACCUGAGUGACAAUGACCUGCAGGACUCAGGAGUGAAGCUGCUCUCUGCUGGACUGGGGGACAUACACUGUAAACUGGAGAUACUGAGACUGUCAGGCUGUAGAGUCACAGAAGAAGGCUGUUCUUCCCUGGCAUCAGCUCUGAGGUCAAACCCAUCACACCUGAGAGAGCUGGACCUGAGCUACAAUCACCCAGGAGACUCAGGAGUGAAGCUGCUCUAUGCUGUACUGGAGGAUCCCAGCUGUAAACUGGAGAAGCUGAAUGUGGAUUACGGUGGAGAGUGCAGGACCAGACCAGGCUUACAGAAAUACUCCUGCCAGCUGACGCUGGACCCCAACACAGCAAACAGACUCCUGUCUCUGUCAGGGGGGGAACAGGAAGGUGACACAUGGGUGGGGGGCAGAGCGGCCAUAUCCUGAUCAUCUAGAGAGAUUUGACAGCUGCUCCCAAGUUCUGUGCAGAGAGAGUCUGACUGGCCGCUGUUACUGGGAGGCUGAGUGGGAUGGACGUGUAGUCCUGAUAGGAGUGACUUAUAAAGGGAUCAGGAGGAAAGGAGGGAGGGACUGUGGGCUUGGAGCCAAUAACAAGUCAUGGUGUCUGUACUGCUCUCCUCACAGACACUCUGUCUGGCACAAUGAUAAACAGACUCUCAUACCCAUAGAGCCCUCAGGCUCCCGCAGAGUAGGAGUGUAUCUGGACUGGGGGGCUGGUGCUCUGUCCUUCUACAGAGUCUCCUCUGAUGGACUGACCCCCCUGCACAGAUUCACCUCCUCAUUCACUGAGUCCCUCUAUCCAGGGUUUCGGGUUUAUAGAAACUCCUCAGUGUCACUCUGACGUGUUGCUGGUUCUCCUACAAAAAGGUAAAAUCUCUGCUUUUUUACCUUUAUAAUCCUUUUUACUCUGAAAUGUACAGAACUGUGCAAAAGUCUCAGGCAGGCAAAGAAAAUGAUGUUUAGAUUAUCCUCCUGUUGGUAUAAAACUAUGAUAUGAUGCCUGUCAAAGUGUGUCAGCUUCGCCAUUUCAGAACCUCUGCUAAAAUCAUCCCAGUAUUUGCAGCGACCGUCCAGUGCAGCCAUGUAUUUUUUGACUUGGCCACUAACACACCUCAUACAGCUAGUCAAUCUCUCACUGACUUUUUAAACCAAUAUAUUUAAUUAUUUAAUUGAGCUGUUGGGGAAAUUUAACAAAAUCAUGGAACGACUGAGGUGCCCCUGAGGAGAAGUUUGGGAACUGAAGCGGUGUUCAUCUAGCCGUCCAACUAGAUAUCAGUAACUUUUUAGAAAACAU